AUGUCCGCCAAACCUGCAGUGCGAUGCCUCGCAAAGGCGCUGACUCGACCGACUGCGAACUCGACGACCGCGACCCGAUGCGCUCGUCUUGCCACAGCUCCGAACACCUCAACGAGAUAUUUCAGUGAUGCGUCACGAGCGACACCCUUAUCGUCAACAAGCAAGAGACAGAGGCCGACGUUACAACCAUAUGCACAACCUUUAGCGAGGCAAACAACGCCCUCAACACAAGCGAAGCGAACAAUCUUCAUCCAAACCGAAGACACGCCCAAUGCCGAUGCGCUCAAAUUCAUCCCGAACCACGAUGUGCUCCCCGAGAACUUCCCUUCUUCCUUCUUGGAAUACAUGUCGCCUCGGUCGACACUCGCGCCGCCCCAUCCCUCACCGCUGGCCGCGAACUUGAUGAAUGUAGAUGGCGUGUCGAGUGUGUUCUACGGCAAGAAUUAUAUCACAGUGACAAAGGACAGCUCGACGCCUUGGGCGCAUGUCAAGCCUGAGGUUUUUAGUUUGAUCACAGAAGCGGUGACGAGCGGACAACCGAUCGUCAACAUUGUGGAGAAUAAGACGGGUGAGGAUGGACAAGGCAGCGCAGCCGGCGAAGCGCAGGCUACCUACGACCCUGAAGACGAAGAAAUUGUAGGCAUGAUCCAAGAGCUCCUCGAGACUCGAAUCCGGCCCGCGAUCCAAGAAGAUGGCGGAGACAUCGAAUUCAGAGGUUUCCACGACGGACAGGUCCUGCUCAAACUGCGCGGGGCGUGCAGGACGUGCGACAGCAGCACCGUCACGUUGAAGAACGGGAUUGAGAGCAUGUUGAUGCAUUAUAUCGAGGAGGUCAAGGGCGUGCAGCAGGUGAUGGAUCAGGAAGAAGAGGUUGCGAUGCAGGAGUUUGCCAAGUUUGAGGAGAAGUUGAAGGCGCAGAAGGGGGAAGUGCCGCCUUCGAGUCCUGGCAAGGGCUCGAUUGAUACUGUUGCUGGCUAA